AUGGACCCCAAGUGCUCCUGCCCCACUGGUGGCUCCUGCAGCUGCACUGGCUCCUGCACCUGCAAAGCCUGCAGAUGCACCUCCUGCAAGAAGAGCUGCUGCUCCUGCUGCCCCGUGGGCUGUGCCAAGUGUGCCCAGGGCUGCGUCUGCAAAGGGGCCUCGGACAAGUGCAGCUGUUGUGGCUGA